GUGGGGGCGAGGUUGCCGAGUUUAUAGCCUGAAACUCACUAGUCUAAUAGCUAUAUAAGCUCCAUCCGCCAGUCGAGCCAAAAACAUUUGUGUGGACCGUGUGAUCGUAUAAGAAUGAAGCUUCUGUUGGUUCUUCCACUGCUGGUGGCUGUAGUAUCUGGCCAAAGAUUCGGAGGUUUUGGAGGGUUUGGAGGCCUGGGUAACAAUCCAGUGGCCGGAGCUUUUCAAAAUGCAGCAAGUAACAUUCAGGGUGCUGUAAGCAACAUUGCCAGUACUGUGCCGAAGGUGCCUCUGCUGUCAAAUGUCCAGAACUUUGGUGACUUCCUGGCUCAAUCAGGAAAGACAUACCUCUCCGCUGCUGAUCAGGCUCUGCACGAGGGUGCCUUUGCAACCACCAAGAAUCUGGUGGAGGCCGGAAACGAGGCCUUCGCCCGAGGAGCCGCCACCUUCAAGCAGGCCGUAAACGCCUUUGCUGAUCUGACCCAUGCUGAGUUCCUGAAGCAGUUGACCGGUCUGAAAAGGAGUCCCGAAGCUAAAGCUCGUGCUGCCGCUAGUCUGAAGGAGGUCAGCAUUCCACCAAGUCCCGUUCCAGACUCCUUUGAUUGGCGUGAGCACGGAGGCGUUACUCCUGUGAAGUUCCAGGGAACUUGUGGUUCCUGUUGGGCCUUUGCCACCACCGGAGCCAUUGAGGGUCACACCUUCCGCAAAACCGGCAGCCUGCCAAAUCUCUCCGAACAGAAUCUAGUCGACUGCGGUCCUGUGGAGGACUUUGGUCUAAAUGGCUGCGAUGGUGGUUUCCAGGAGGCCGCAUUUUGCUUUAUCGAUGAAGUGCAGAAGGGCGUGUCUCAGGCUGGCGCAUAUCCCUACAUCGACAACAAGGACAAGUGCAAAUACGACGGCAGCCAAUCCGGUGCCCACCUUGAGGGAUUCGCCGCAAUCCCGCCCAAGGACGAGGAACAGAUGAAAAAGGUGGUGGCCACUUUGGGACCAAUUGCCUGUUCGGUUAAUGGCUUGGAGAGCCUGAAGAACUAUGCCGGUGGCAUCUACAACGACAAUGAAUGCAACCAAGGGGAACCGAACCACUCAAUCCUGGUCGUCGGUUACGGAUCAGAAAACGGACAGGAUUAUUGGAUCGUCAAGAACUCGUGGGACGACACCUGGGGCGAGGCGGGCUACUUCCGUUUGCCACGUGGCCUGAACUAUUGUUUCAUCGCUGACGAGUGCUCCUAUCCUGUGGUUUAGGAAAGGAAUCUGAAAUAUAUAAAAUUCUUAAAAGGAUUUGCAAACGUUGAUUCCUUCGAUUUUUGAAUAAAACGAAAUAAUAAAAAGUAA